UGGCAGGUUUGGAACCAAAACGGCACCAGCUGUCCUGACCAAACUAUACCCAUAAGACGUAGCAUGGUCAGGGCUACACUAUUUAAUCGCGGAACAGUUCCAUACGCCGCUGAAGAGGGACACGAGUACGCGAUUGGAGAGGUGGUAUAUUUGCGGGGAGUAUAUGGAACAGCGGCAACUAUGAGCGUGUGGAAUCCAUCAGUAGAACAUGGAACACACGAAUUCAGUUUGUCGCAAAUUUGGCUCGUCGCUGGACAUUACAACGAGUCCGACCUCAACACAAUCGAGGCUGGCUGGCAGAGGGACACAUAUCAGAACACAGGGUGUCUCAACCUCGAGUGCCCUGGCUUUGUCCAAGUCACUAGCGAGUUUGCCAUUGGCAGUGCAUUCGCUCCUACCUCUUCUUAUGGCGGAAGCCAAUAUGACGUCACGAUGUUCAUAUGGAAGGAUACUAACGAUGGCAAUUGGUGGCUAAGUAUUGACUCCAUAGUGAUUGGGUAUUGGCCGGCAAGGCUGUUCACGCAUUUAGCUCACGGCCCGGCGAAAUUGGUACAGUGGGGAGGCGAGGUUGUGAACUCUCGAAGCUAUGGCCAGCACACUACCACGCAGAUGGGUUCGGGCCACUUUGCAGAGGAAGGCUACGGCAAAGCAGGUUUCUUCCGAAACCUGAAAAUUAUUGACUACCUCUCGUACAUGCAACCAGUCCAAGAGUUUGUCCUGCAAACGAAGAACCCCACAUGUUACACGGCCAAGAAGGGAUACAGCGAGGAGUGGGGGAGUCAUUUCUACUACGGCGGACCGGGAUACAACGCCCUAUGUCCAUAGUGUUUGGACACUAGGAUAAACUUAUUUGUUUAUG